UCGGUCAAUCGAGCAAGACCUAUACAGAUGGCGGAUUCGAAGCGACUUUGUGUUUAUAUAGCAAUUUGUGUGCUGUCUGGCGGAUUUCAAGUGAAGGGACAGUGGGAAUUUCCUAAUCAGCCUACGGAUCCGAACCAAAAUCCCAAUCCAGAGCCGGAUCCAACCAGGUGGGACUUCAACAACUACAAUAGCAACGGUUACAACGGUCAGUGGUCGCCGGGUUACUCUAACAACUACGGAUAUUAUAGACCGCCACCGCCACCACCUCCUCCUCCGCCCUGUGGACGGCCACCACCGGGACCUCCGCCACCGGGUCCACCUCCUCCGGGGCCGCCACCCGGUUGCCCUGAAGGUCCGCCACCACGCCCGCCACCUCGUCACGGGGAAAAUGGCCCCAGACGAUGGCAACCCCGUCGUCCGCCGCCCAAUCAUCAUAUGAACUUCCACAACAUCUUCCUAAACAUGGAGCGUAAGGUGGACGAGGAGAACUUCAACAAGACCGCGGAGACGGAGGAUUUGCAUGAUGACUUCAAUGGGCGAUCCAUUGUGGCACCUGGACAGUACCCACACAUGGCCGCUCUGGGAUUCCGGAAUGAGAACCAGGAGAUCGACUACAAGUGCGGAGGCAGCCUUAUCAGUGAGAACUUUGUGCUCACCGCCGCUCACUGUCUUACUACUCACGGAACCGCUCCCGAUGUGGUAAAAAUCGGAGACAUUAAGCUAAAGGAAUGGGAGAACGACGUGGCCCCUCAAAGACGACGGGUUAAGAAAAUUUAUCUGCACCCGCUGUACAACUCGACUCUUAACUACCAUGACAUCGGACUUAUCGAAUUGAACAGACCUGUGGAGUACACCUGGUUUGUGAAGCCCGCCCGGUUGUGGCCUAAAAAUGAGAUACCCUACGGCAAGCUGCACACCAUGGGAUAUGGAUCGACAGGAUUCGCCCAGCCGCAGACCAACAUCCUCACGGAACUCGAUCUGUCGGUGGUGCCAAUUGAUCAGUGCAAUACCAGUCUGCCCGCCGAUGAAAGUACUCCCCAGGGAAUACUCACGAGUCAGAUUUGCGCCCAUGACUAUGAGAAAAAUAGGGAUACUUGUCAGGGCGAUUCCGGAGGACCACUUCAAUUGAACUUGGAGCGACGAAGACGCCGGCACAGAAGCCGCAGGCAUUAUCGCUACUACCUCGUGGGAAUCACAUCUUAUGGAGCCUAUUGUCGCAGUGAAUUCCCCGGUGUUUACACGCGCGUUUCUUCAUAUAUCGACUGGAUAGCAUCUAUAGUGUGGCCCACUUACUAUAGCGAGUUUACUAAUCAAUAAAUGUAGUCAGUAAUAAAAUUGUGCAAUCAGAAAGCUAUGAGUU